AUGGGACUGUUCAGCAAGCUCGACAAGGCGUUCAAGGACAUCCAGCAGCAAGCUCAGCAACAAGCGCAGCAGUCGCAGGCGGCGUUCCGUCCCCCGCCUCCAGGUGGAGGGAGCAGGAACUGCCCCGUCCUUGCUUCCUCGUACCUUACGAAUGCGGACCCCUCGAACGGCCGCCCGGCACUGCAUCCGUGUCAGCACCCGUAUCGCGGCGCGAUCCCGCCCGGCUCGCUGUGCUACACUCUCGAGCACCCCGACCCGCAGUACGACGCCGCGACGCGCUUCUUCCUGACGUGUGUCCCCGACCCGAUUGGCCUGGCCUACCACGCGUUGAACUUUGCGCGCCUCAAGCUCGUCGACCCGCAGUAUCCCACGAACUGGGCGUGGAAGCACAUCACGAUCGAGAUCACGGACGAGAAGGGCCCCGGACUGGCGUGGACGGCGAGCGGGAAGUGCACGAUCUGCAUCUCGUGGAUCACGAGUCAGAUGAAUGACUACAAUGCCGGCAAGAAGACGCUCGAGGCGUGCGCAUUCGAGUUCAAGGGCGUCAUCAUGCACGAGCUCGUCCACGUUAUCCAGCACGACGGCCGCGGCAGCUCCCCCAGCUGGCUGACGGAGAGUGUCGCAGACUACAUCCGCAUGCAGACCGACCUCGGGCCGCCGCACUGGCGCAAGCCGGGGCAGGGCAAGCGCGACGAGGGCUGGAAGGACGGGUACGACGCGGGCGCCAACUUCCUUGCCUGGCUCACGGGCGAGACGAAGGACGACCUUGUGCACAUUGCGCAGACCGCGAGCGUGCAGCAGCCGACGCCGACGGGUCCCCCCGGCGCACACCAGAGCCAGUACCCGCCCAACGAGCAGUAUCCGCCCCGCGUCCCGUGCAGGCCGGGGAAGCAGCGUCGCGGCCCCUUCCCCAACCUCGUCCGGCACAUGGACUACCGCCUCGCGAACGAGCGCUACAACGAGGGCUGGUGGCAGGAGAUGGCGGGUGCGCCGCUGCCCCAGCUCUGGCGCGAGUAUCUCGACUACUACUGCUAG